UUCGGAUUAGACGUGAAUUUUCGUACGUGAAAUUGUUGGAUCAAGUGGAUAUGUGCUAAUAUUAAGAGAACAUCCUAUCCGUAAAUAAAGUGUGAUACUUGUUUGAUUGGUUUCAAGGGAUAUUGACGGAAAACGAUGAGUGAGCUGGAAGAUAUUGUAGAGCACAUGCGACGGUUCUCCUGGCCGGAUUACUUAGUAUUUGUCAUGAUGUUGUUUCUGUGCAUCCUGAUUGGUAUUUAUUUCGGAUUUGUGCAACGAAAGCCGAGUACGGAGGUGGAAUAUUUGAUGGGUGGCAGAACCAUGCUGGUAUUUCCGAUUGCGCUGUCACUUAUAGCGAGUUUCAUUUCCGGAAUCACACUACUUGGACUGCCCACCGAGGUGUACUCAUUUGGUAUCCAAUACGUAUACGUCUCGCUGGGAGUCAUCAGCAUGGGCCUUGUAAUGGGAUUCAUCUACCUACCGGUGUUCCAUAAGCUCAACAUCACAUCAACUUACGAGUACCUCGAAGCCAGAUUCGACAGACGUCUACGAAUGUUUGGCUCGGUGAUGUUUACAAUUAUGAACAUCGGUUACCUACCAAUUGUUAUCUACGUUCCGGCACUAGCAUUUAACCAAGUGACCGGCGUGAAUAUCCACGUAAUUACUCCCAUUGUGUGUGUGGUGUGCGUGUUCUACACCUGCGUGGGUGGUCUAAAAGCGGUUGUUUGGACUGACGUUGUCCAAACGUUUUCGAUGUUUGGAGCGCUGGUGUUGGUAGCAGUCAAAGGGACCCUUGAUUUGGGAGGAACUGAUAUAGUAUUUCGCAGUGCCUGGGAUACAGGACGCUUGGAGAGACCUAACUUCGAUAUUAACCCGACGACGCGGCACACCUUGUGGUCUCAACUGAUUGGCGGUUUUGUGUACUGGCUGCAGACUAAUGCGGUUAGUCAGAACAUGAUACAGCGAUACCUUUCGCUUCCCUCGGUCAGUGCAGGUCGGAAAGCACUGUGGAUUUUUGUAAUUGGAGUCUGCCUGUUGAUGUCCCUUUGCAGCUAUUGUGGAUUGUUAAUAUACGCCACCUACCAGAACUGUGAUCCAUUGACUACAAAGCUGGCCAAAGCAAAAGAUCAACUCCUUCCUUUGUUUGUAAUGGAUAUUCUUGGCGAGCUACCCGGACUUCCAGGGCUGUUCGUUGCCGGAGUAUUCAGUGCGGCACUUAGCUCCCUGUCAACCUGUUUAAAUUCAAUGUCGGCUGUUAUUUUGGAGGAUUUUGUGAAACCCUUUGUACAGAAACCGCUAUCACCAAGAGCCAUCAAUUGGAUUAUGCGCUCAGUGGUUGUUGGAGUUGGAGCCUUGUGUGCAGCUCUCGUCUUUGUGGUGGAGAAAAUGGGAACUGUAUUACAGUUGACUAUGAGUCUGGAAGCCAUCACGAAUGGACCAUUAUUGGGAACGUUUACACUUGGAAUACUCGUUCCUUGGGUAAAUUCUAAGAGUGCGCUCACAGGUGGAAUUGUUGGUGUAUUGUUUAUGUCUUGGCUUAGUCUGAAGGCACAGUAUGCUGUUGCAACCGGUGCUAUCGUGUUCCCUCAUAAACAGAUGUCAGUGGAAGAAUGUACAUAUGAAUUCGAUCGAACAGUGGUGAAUGCCACCAGCACAACGCUAAUUACGGCUGAUGAAAUUUUCCCAUUGUUUCGAAUAUCGUACAUGUGGUACACAUUUUUGGGAGCAGCAGUUACGAUAGUAGUAUCCCUCGCGUGUACCAUGGUUUUCGGACAAAACGACCCGAAAACUGUCGAUCCGGAUCUGAUGGCUGGUUUCGUGCGGUGCUACGUCUAUCAAAACGAGCAAAUAGAUCAGAACAAUUCUGGACGGAAGAAACACAAUAGCUUGACAGGGAUAAAAAAUUCUCACGACGAAAUUGUAAAGGAAUCUCAAUUGUAAGAUUGUAGGAAAUCGCACACUGAGUGAAGUUCUAGCCGAAACAAGUGUUCCUAUUAUUGCCUAAGUGAACUAAAAUUGAAUGCACAAAGGUUUAAAAGAAAACGAUAUUCAUAAAUUCCUUCAGGUCGGAAAGUAUAAAUGCAUUGGAAA